CAGAGAGGAAACGGAAAUAUAUAGAAAAAUACAGCAAUCUUUCACCAUUUCUUGUCGGGCGAGGUGCAAGAUCUCGGUUAGAACAACGAUUAAAGACUAAUUCAAGUGGAUUCUAAGUUCAUUCAAACGAGAGGAAGUAUCGGCCCUUAGAGUUGUUGACGAGGGUUUCUCGCCGUGACCUUUAUGUGAGGAUCGCGACGGGAGAGAGACGCGGGGCAGAGAGAGAGAGAGAGAGACAGGUGGAGAUCAUUGUGUCUUUUUGGAUCUGUGCUCAUCAUCUCUAUUGAGAUCUCAUUGUCUGGUCCUCUGGUCGACAACAAGGAAAUAAACUGCAUCUAGAGGCUUUCUCCACUGCUUUAUUGUACCUUAUCACAUAGGUGUCAUCAUGGAGGCCAUUGCCAAGUAUGAUUUCAAAGCAACUGCAGAUGACGAGCUGAGUUUUAAACGUGGGGAAAUAUUGAAGGUAUUAAAUGAAGAGUGUGAUCAGAACUGGUAUAAGGCAGAACUAAAUGGCAAAGACGGUUUCAUUCCUAAGAACUACAUCGAGAUGAAGGCACAUCCGUGGUUCUUCGGGAGAAUUCCGAGGGCCAGAGCAGAAGAGAUACUCAACAAACAGAGGCAUGAUGGAGCGUUCCUCAUCAGAGAGAGCGAAAGCGCGCCUGGAGACUUCUCCCUUUCUGUCAAGUUUGGCAAUGAUGUACAGCACUUCAAAGUGCUGCGUGACGGGGCUGGAAAGUACUUCCUCUGGGUUGUGAAGUUUAACUCUCUCAAUGAGCUGGUGGACUAUCACCGUACGACUUCUGUUUCCCGAAACCAACAAAUCUUUCUACGAGACAUCGAGCAGGUGUCUCAGCAUCCAACAUACGUGCAGGCACUGUUUGACUUUGACCCUCAAGAGGAUGGCGAGCUCGGCUUCAGACGUGGAGAUUUCAUUCAGGUCCUGGACAACUCUGACCCCAACUGGUGGAAGGGCGCCUGUCACGGCCAAACGGGCAUGUUCCCGCGCAACUACGUCACGCCUGUUAACCGGAACAUGUAAACAGAAAACGAAGCAGUUAGUAAAUAAAUUGUCAUUAAUGGCCCCUAACAUUCACAUACAAUCAGACUACCCUAACUCUCCCCUAGCAACACCCUUAAAGUCCUGUGAAAUCCAAAGUGGUGCAGAAGAACGGAAAACAUGAAAGAAAAGGAGAAAAAAAGUAGCGGAGAGGCUGGACGCUCCACCUCCCCAGUGGUGCCUGGGCGAAACAAUUAUUCCUGAGAAGUUUUUUGAUGUCUUCAUGAACGCUUGCAGCCGAGGCAAAGGAAAGGCUGAAUUUAAGCAUAGUACACGAAGCAUAAAUUAAAACACAUUUGAUUCUGUCUAAAGAUUCAUCCUGCUGCUUUUGCCUUCUUUUGUAGUCUACAUUUUGAUUUUGAUUCGUUUUGUUUCUGUUUUUGCUGCAUGUUUAAAUCUCUUUAUAAUAGCAAAUCAUGAAGCUGUUUUUAAAAAGGAAAAAAAAUGCAUUCUAAAAACAUGGAAAACGGAAGAGUAAUAAACUGCAAAAGCAGUGUACAUCUGGGCUGUGGAGGAAAAAGAAAAUCACCUAUAAAGAGAAUACAUUUUUUUUAAAUAUAUAUUAUAUAUAUUUGUAUGUGUCUGUCUGUUCUAUCGUUUCAACACAGUUUUGUUUUUCUUUUUCCACUUGUAAAUUAUGUUGUGUUUUUGGGAGGGUGGAUGAAGCAGAAUAGCUCUGGAACAUGCUAACUCAUCGGUAUAAUUUUAUGAAUAUCUGAUAUUUCUCAGACAUAACAGCAUAGUAUUUAAUGCUUUAUGUAUUCAAUUUGAUGCCAUCAUUCUUAUUUCGUUUUAGAACUUGAUAGGUGAGUGGGUUCUUUUGAUAAUAAUAACGAUUUAUUGUCAAGAAGCCUCCGUGUGCGUGAAUAUCGACGUGGAUAAUGCAAGAGUUUGUCUAAUGUGAAAACCACACAGGCUAGCCACCAUUUUAUGCCAAUGUAUUUAUUGCAGCCAUUUUUAUUUGUCUUGGGAUGUGAAUGUAGCUGACAUUACUCUGUAGACUUCAUGAGGGAAUUGAGUUUGGAGAACUUUUCCACUGAUGCAUGAUUUCAGUCCGAGACGUGUCUAUUUACAGUGUCAAAAUCCAUACAUGGCAUAUAGAACACAAGCUGUUCGCUGUAUUGCAUUUGUAUGUACGCAAUUAAAAAUUGCUGAAAAACUGCCGGAUGCCAGUUAAGCCAGUAAGAAGUAAGAAACCAGAGAGUUUUCAUACAGGAGUUGACACAUCGACUCUACACGUGAUGUUUUUUUAUUUGUAAGUUGUUGUUUUUUUCUCUCUCUCCUUACAUUUUUCAUCUUUUCAGUGUUGUAUGUUUUAGCUCUUUUUACAUAAAUUGAUUCCUCUCUGUAUUAUUGACCGCCCCCAAUUUAUUUUUUUAUGUGAAUUGUGUUUUGUUUUUUUUCACUCUGGAUUAGUGCCUUUUUCUCUGGUGUGACAGUGUCUCUGCCUUGCUGCUUUAGCCUGAGCAUUGGGCUUCGUCAGACCCCACAGUGAGAAAUCAUGUGUGAGAAAUCUUGUGACCCACCACCUACCCUCGGCUUUCCCCCUCCUCCUGAACACAACUGCACACAGUCCUAUUUAAAUGUCUCGCCUUUUUCUUAAUUUUUUUAUUUUAUUUUUAUUUGCAGUUUUUCCUGGUUUCUUUUGAAUAAAUAAAAAUGAAAUUCUUGAAAUUUCUUGUGUCGAGUACUUGAGUGAAUUAGUUUUUAUCUUGUUUUUUUUUUUUUUUUGUGCCUUAAUUGGACACCUAAAUACACUGGUGGCCAAAAGUUUGGAAUAAUGUUCAGAACUUCUUAAACUAUUUCAAAGAUUUCUCAUCAAAAAUCCUCCAUGUGCAGUAAUGACAGCUUUGCAGAUCCUUGCCAUUCUAGCUGUCAGUUUGUCCAGAUACUCAGGUGACAUUUCACCCCACACUUCCUGUAGCACUUGCCAUAGAUGUGUCUGUCUUGUCGGGUACUUCUCACGCACCUUACAGUCUAGCUGAUCGCACAAAAGCUCAGUGGGGUUAAGAUCCAUAACACUCUUUUCCAGUUAUCUGUUGUCCAAUGUCUGUGUUUCUUUGCCCACUCUAACCUUUUCUUUUUGUUUUUCUGUUUCAAAAGUGUCUUUUUCUUUGCAAUUCUUCCCAUAAGGCCAUGAGUCUUCUCUUUACUGUUGUACAUGAAACUGGUGUUGAGCGGGUAGAAUUCAAUGAAGCUGUCAGCUGAGGACAUGUAAGGCGUCUAUUUCUCAAACUAGAGACUCUGAUAUACUUAUCCUCUUGUUUAGUUGUACAUCUGGCCUUCCACAUCUCUUUCUGUCCUUGUUAGAGCCAGUUGUCCUUUGUCUUUGAAGACUGUAGUGUACACCUUUGUAUGAAACCUUCAGUUUUUUGGCAAUUUCAAGCAUUGUAUAGCCUUCAUUCCUCAAAACAAUGAUUGACUGACGAGUUUCUAGAGAAAGCUGUUUCUUUUUUGCCAUUUUUGACCUGAUAUUGACCUUAAGACAUGCCAGUCUAUUGCAUACUGUGACAACUCAAAAAAACAAACACAAAGACAAUGUUAAGCUUCAUUUAAAGAACCAAAUAGCUUUCAACUGUGUUUGAUAUAAUGGCAAGUGAUUUUCUAGUACCAAAUUAGCAAUUUAGCAUGAUUACUCAAGGAUAAGGUGUUGGAGUGAUGCUGCUGGAAAUGGGGUCUGUCUAGAUUUGAUCAAAAAUGACUUUUUUCAAAUAGUGAUGGUGCUGUUUUUUACAUCAGUAAUGUAAUUUACUUUGGUGAAUUAAAGUACCAAUUUCCUUCCGAAACAGCAAAAUCUGUGAAUUAUUCCAAACUUUUGGCUGGCAGUGUAUAUUAUUACUUUUUUUUUCUUCUCAGAAUCACUUUAAUUGCCAAUGCAAGUAUAUGUAUCGCAAUUUCAUCUGGUUUACCUUCUAGUGGUGCAACACACAGUGACCCCAAUAAUGAUUUGAACACCUGAGCCACACUAAAAAAAAAUUAUGAAUGUCAUUAGAUUGCAUUACAAAGCUAAAUAUAAAACCAGGUCCCAUCUGCAAACAAAUUAUGUUACAGCUUUUCUCAGAACUAACUUUUUAACAAUGCCAUUUUAAUUUACUGUUCCCAUGGUUACGUUAUAGUGGAUGUAUGUUAAGUCAAUUACUCUCCAGUUCACACAAAUGUCAUACUGUAGAAUUUUGUUUGUAAUUGUAACGGAAAAAGAAUGUAAAAAUGUUACACUAAAAAGCUGUUUAAAUGUAUUUGUAUUUUCCUUACCAGGUACGAAAGAUUGCGUGUAACAAGACAAUACUUGCAGUUUUAUGGUAAAAUAUUAAAUAUAGUGUGUGUGUGUGUGCAUGUGUGUGCGCGUGCGUGUUAGAAGUAAAAGGUAUAUUGUUAAACAAGAAAAUACAUGUACUUCUGCUUUAAACUAUUGUUUAAAUUACGGUGGAAACAAUAAUUGGCCGUUCCCAAGUUUUGGCCUUUGUGUGACCGAUCACAUUUGGUUAUUUUUAAAAUAUUCAUGUUUAUUCUUAUUUUUGAUAUCAAUUAUGUACAUUGGGGUGUUUUAUGUUACAUUUUGUAUUAUUCAAAGAUUAUUGCAUAUUCAAGUGUUUGAUGAUGGUGUUUUUUGUGUGUGAGUGACACUGUCUACACGUUCAUUGGCCAUUGCUCCUGGAAGGGCCAUUCUUGAUGAACUAAGUGAUCAUGUGGCCAUUUUUUUUUACCACCUUUGUUGCUAUGGUGGUUAAAGGGAUAGUUCUCCCAAAAAUGAAAAUUCUCUCAUCAUUUACUCACCCUAAUGCCAUCCCAGAUGUGUUUAACUUCCUUUCUUCUGCAGUAAACAAUUGAAGAUUUUUAGAAGAAUAUUUCAGCUCUGUAGGUCCAUACAGUGCAAGUGAAUGGUAACCAAAAUUUUGAAGCUCCAAAAUGCAAAAAAGCAGCUUAAAAGUAAUUCAUACGACUCCAGUGGUUUAAUCAGUGUCCUCAGAAGAGAUAUGAUAGGUGUGGGUGAGAAACAGAUCAAUAUUUAAAGCUGAAGUGUUUCAUUUCUGCUCCACCAAACAGAACUGCAAAAAUAAACAAUGUUUUCGAAACCGCUUUCUGAAUACUUCUGCCAUUGGUCAAACAAAGAGAUGGUCCUGCCCUCAACUUACGCCACUGGUUGAGUAAAUUCGUUGGGGCAUGUCUAUGUGGGUCACUCAAAACAAACAGAGCAAUUUUCAAAGCACCACAGAAAGACAGUGCUUACAGUUCUUGAGAAAAUUAACCUGUGAAUGACUGACUUAUAUUUGUGUCUGCAUAUUAAGCUGGGAAAGGUGAAAGUACUUUAACACUGAAAACGUUACAUCAGCUUUAAGUCCUUUUUUAAUAUAAAUUCCCCUCCUAGCCCAGUAGGUGGCGAUAUGCAUGAAGAACGUAAAUGGCCAAAAAUAAAAGAAGAAGAAUGUGGAACUGAAAGUGGAGGAUGAGAGUAAAAACGACUUAAAUAUUGAUCUGUUUCUCACUCAGACCUGUCAUAUCGUAACUUUACAUUACAGCAGCUAUCAUAUUCAGAUCCACUUAAACUUACAAAGACCUGUUCAGUACCACUUCAGCAGCUCUUGGCCAUAAUGAAAGGUCACGUCAUUGUGGCUGGAAAAUUGCAUAUUUACACUUUGUUCUGCAGAAGUCCCUACUUCCUGCUGAGGGUCAAAAACAGGUAAUCUCUGUUUCACACUAUCCAUAUGGUGUUGUCACAUGCCUUCUGGCUAUAGGGCUGGUUGAUUAAAGGAAGUAACCAGCACUGUAUUAAAUUAGAAAGAAACUGGCCCAUGUUAAAACCUAUGGGAGCAAGUGUGCUUUGCCACCAGCAGCCUUUUAAGUUGUGGCCUUGAAAUGACCCAGAGGUUACGUUGAUCACUAAUAUGAUUGUAGUUGUUACAUUUAUUAUGAACAGAUUUUUAAUGUUGCAAAGAAGCAGCUGUGAAAGGCCAGUAUAUCUGGAUUUUUCUUUCAGCCAAGACUGUACUUCUGUACACAACUACUACUAAGAAUGCAGUAAAAUUCGAGAGAUUGAGGCAGAUUUGUAGGGUUCUUGGGAUGAACUCUUCUGAGAAUUGUGGUUGUAUUAAGGUAGCCUAUAUAGAAGUGCGCUGCUGUUCUAUAUACUGAUUAAACUUCUGGGAUGUACUUUUUUGAGGUAAUUUAUUUCUAAAGUGACCAAAUCAAAUGCAGCUACCAGGGAACAUAAACUGUUAAAUAUCAGUGUGCCAGUGUGUACGAUAUAACAUUGGAUUGUUCAACCAAUCCAGCUCACAGAUAAGAAUGAAAUGGCUCAUUUUGAAGAAAACAACCUAAA